CUUUAAACGGCACAGUUAUCGGCUUCCCUUAUUUUCGCUCCAUUUUGAUUUUCUUUCUUCUCCGUCAUUGUAUCACAUAUCAGAUCUCUUUUCUCUGAAACUACCUUCCUCUCAGGACUCUUUGCUGCGCUCCUACUAUAUCCGGACUAACCAUCGGAAACGUUAGUAUUUGCGCGGACAGAGUUGAUCGGAUUGCUAAAAGUUCACUCAAGCCUUGGGCAGGAAACAGUUUCAAAAAGAAAAAGAAAAAAAAAAUUGAUGAUGAUCUGUUUGCAGAUAGGCGAUCUGGAUUGAAGUCGAAACUCUUCUGACAUCUCCAGUCUUGUCAAAUCCAGAUUUUGCUUCUUCAACUGAUAUUGAGAUGAAAGAGAGGUCAAAAUCUUCUUCUGUAAGCAAUCUUCCACUCAUCCUGAACAUUGAUGACUUUAAGGGCGAUUUUUCAUUUGAUGCAUUAUUUGGCAACUUGGUUAAUGAGCUCCUACCGUCUUUCCAAGAAGAUUCAGCAGAUUCAGCAGAUGGACAUGGUAUUGGUGGAACUGAUGUGCUGCCAAAUGGACAUACCCGUACCUCUUCUGAUGCAACAAAAUUUGCACAAGGACUGUCUGCACCUCUAUUUCCAGAAGUAGAUGCUCUAUUAUUGCUGUUCAAGAACUCCUGUAAAGAGUUGGUCGAUCUUCGCAAGCAGAUUGAUGGAAAACUCUCCAAUCUAAAGAAAGAGGUUUCUACUCAAGAUGAUAAGCAUCGGAAGACACUAACUGAGCUGGAAAAAGGUGUAGAUGGCUUGUUCAACAGCUUUGCGCGAUUGGAUUCGCGUAUUUCAAGUGUUGGGCAGACUGCUGCUAAAGUAGGAGACCAUUUGCAGAGUGCAGAUGCUCAGCGUGAAACUGCUAGUCAAGCCAUAGAGCUCAUAAAGUACCUCAUGGAGUUUAAUAGAAACCCAGGCAGUUUGAUGGAACUUUCACCUCUAUUUUCUGAUGACAGCCGUGUCGCUGAGGCUGCAUCAAUUGCACAGAAAUUGCGAUCAUUCGCUGAGGAGGAUAUUUCAAAGGCUAUGCCAUCAGUUGUGGGAGGUGCAACUGCUAGCAGAGGAUUGGAAGUUGCAGUUGCUAAUCUUCAGGAGUACUGCAAUGAACUGGAGAACAGAUUGUUAGCUCGGUUUGAUGCUGCAUCACAGAGAAGGGAAUUGUCUACCAUGUCUGAAUGUGCUAAAAUUUUAUCUCAGUUCAACAGGGGCACUAGUGCCAUGCAACAUUAUGUAGCAACCCGUCCAAUGUUCAUUGAUGUGGAAGUGAUGAAUUCGGACAAUAAAUUGGUUCUAGGCGACCAAAGUUCUCAAGCCAGUCCUAACUAUGUUGCUCGUGGACUUUCUAAGUUAUACAAAGAAAUUACAGAUACUGUACGAAAAGAAGCUGCCACAAUUAUGGCAGUAUUCCCUUCUCCUAAUGAUGUUAUGUCAAUUUUAGUUCAGCGAGUUUUGGAGCAGAGAGUAACUUCUCUUUUGGACAAAUUGUUAGAGAAGCCAUCUAUUGCUCAUCCCCGUCCCGUGGGGGAAGGUGGAAUUUUAUUGUAUCUGAGAAUGCUAGCUGUGGCAUAUGAGAAGACUCAAGAACUUGCUAGAGAUCUUCGAGCCGUUGGAUGUGGUGACUUGGAUGUUGAAGGUCUCACAGAGUCUCUUUUUUCCGCUCACAAGGAUGAAUAUCCUGAAUAUGAGCAAGCCUCUCUUAGGCAGCUGUAUCAAGCAAAGUUGGAAGAACUGCGUGCUGAAAGCCAGAAAGUCUCUGAGCCAAGUGGAACAAUAGGGCGUUCUAAAGGGGCUUCAGUGGCUUCUUCCCCUCUGGAGAUAUCUGUUGCAGCUGUGACAGAAUUUGUACGGUGGAAUGAAGAAGCAAUAACCAGAUGCACCUUGUUUUCUUCUCUGCCUGCUACACUUGCAGCCAAUGUAAGAUCAGUGUUCACUUGCCUAUUGCACCAAGUCAGCCAAUAUAUAACAGAUGGACUUGAACGGGCUAGAGAUAGCUUGACUGAAGCUGCAAGUUUGAGGGAAAGGUUUGUGAUAGGUUCAAGUGUUAGUAGAAGGGUUACUUCUCAGGCAGAAGCUGCCGCAGCUGCUGGUGAAAGCAGUUUCAAAUCUUUCAUGGUUGCAGUACAACGUGCUGGCAGUAGUGUGGCCAUAGUUCAGCAAUACUUUGCAAAUUCUAUAUCUCGGCUCUUAUUGCCUGUUGAUGGUUCUCACGCUGCCACUUGUGAAGAAAUGGCAACAGCAAUGUCUAGCGCAGAGGGUGCUGCUUUUAAAGGGCUUCAUCAAUGCAUUGAAACUGUGAUGGCUGAGGUUGACCGAUUGUUAUCAACUGAACAAAAGGCAGCAGAUUACCACUCACCUGAUGAUGGAAUGGUUCAUGAUCAUCGUCCAACAAAUGCCUGCACAAGAGUUGUUGCUUAUCUUUCUCGGGUCCUCGAGACUGCAUUCACUACAUUAGAGGGUCUUAACAAACAAGCAUUCCUGACUGAACUGGGAAAUUACUUGUACAAAGGACUAGUUAACCAUUGGCAGAAGUUCACUUUUAAUCCGAGUGGAGGACUACGACUGAAACGUGACAUAACAGAGUACGGAGAAUUUGUGCGCAGUUUUAAUGCCCCUACUGUUGAUGAGAAAUUUGAACUCCUUGGCAUCUUGGCCAAUGUAUUCAUUGUUGCUCCUGAAAGUCUCUCCUCUUUGUUUGAGGGUACCCCGAGCAUCCGGAAAGACGCACAAAGGUUUAUUCAGCUUAGAGACGACUACAAGAGUGCGAAACUGGCAUCCAGGCUUAGCUCCUUAUGGUCCAGUUGAGGUCCCUUCCCUGGUUUUCCUUCUCCUUGCUUGAUCCCAUCAACAGCAGCUCUCAGGUUUUGUUUAUUCGACAAAAAAUCCAUUACAUUAGAUUCCAUUUCUUCUUCAUAUUCUUCAGUGUUUCUUUUUUCCAUAUAUGUAGAGUCGACACUUUGUUAAUAACCAGACAGUGAUUGAACCAAUUGUAUGUCCAGUUCUCGGUUCAAUCAGAUUUUAGCUAUUACGAAUUUGCAUUUAACAUCUAUGCUAAUUAUAGAUUGCUCGAGUGGGUUCUAUAAAUGAGUUAAAAGUUUAAUUCAUGUGA